GCAAGGACGGCACCUCCACCCCCUUUGGCAGCCCCCACGGUCGCUCGCCGCGGAGCAGCUUCUCCAGGUCCAGGGCUUAUUUUAGCAGCCUCAGGAGAGCCACGGUGGAUGUGCAGUCCAGCUCCGAGAGCAUCAACGGAUCCCCUCACAAAGAUGCCUUUGUAAAUAGCCAGGAAUGGACACUAAGCCGAUCUGUACCAGAGCUCAAAGUGGGGAUUGUGGGUAAUCUAGCAAGCGGCAAGUCUGCCCUCGUACACCGGUAUCUGACUGGCACAUAUGUCCAGGAGGAGUCACCUGAAGAUAUGGAUGCAGGUGGGAGAUUCAAGAAAGAGAUAGUAGUGGAUGGACAAAGCUAUCUGCUGCUGAUUAGAGAUGAAGGGGGCCCUCCAGAGGCACAGUUUGCCAUGUGGGUGGAUGCUGUUAUAUUUGUCUUCAGCUUGGAAGAUGAAAUUAGCUUCCAAACUGUUUACCACUACUACAGCCGUAUGGCCAACUAUCGUAACACUAGUGAAAUCCCAAUGGUACUAGUGGGAACACAGGAUGCCAUAAGCUCCAGUAACCCUCGUGUUAUAGACGACGCCAGAGCGAGGAAGUUAUCCAACGAUCUCAAGAGAUGCACUUACUACGAAACCUGCGCUACCUACGGGCUCAACGUGGAGAGGGUCUUCCAAGAUG